AUGCGACCACUGCGACGCUCAUCGCGAAAUCGCAGCGGCGCGUCGGCUGGCGUCCCGUCGUCGGCGAGCCCGCUGUUGACGGCGGCAUGGCUCCUCGCAGCGGCAUUUCUGUGGACCUCCGGCGCUCGCGCGCAGGGAGUCGCGGUGGACUCGGCCGACUGGACGACGCUGGUCGCGCUGCGGGACGACAUGUCGUUUCUGGUGCCCACGAGGAGUCCCAAGGUCUACUGGACGGCGCCUGACAGCUGCGACAGCCUGUUUGGCGUCAUGUGUGACGGGGACGGCAACGUAGUCUCCCUUUCUAUCUCAGGGAAUCUCACCUCCCUGCCUGUUGAGCUCAGCAGCCUCUCCCUUCUCACUGUUCUCAACCUAGAGUUGAACCAGCUGUCUGGCAGCCUUCCCUCCGGCAUAUCUGCCCUCUCCUCCCUCAGCGACCUGGCACUCUCGUCUAACAAGGUCGCUCUCGUCCAAUCAGGUGACGGGCGCCAUUCCACCUGCCAUUUCGACCCUCAAACUUUUGAGAACCCUGUGAGGCGCGAGGCAGGGAGGAGAGGGGGAUGGGGGGAUGGGAGAGGAGAGGGAUGGGAGAGGAGAGGGAUGGGAGAGGAGAGGGAUGGGAGGAGCGAGGGAUUGGAGGAGCGAGGGAUUGGAGGAGCGAUGGAUGGGAGAUGA